AUGGACAGCCACGCUACUGAAAGAAGUAGUCCUUCUGAAGAUGCGGUGGCAUCAACCUCUUCAAAGCCCACUGCACAGCCAUGCUCAGAAAAAACUGUUUACGAAAUAAUCGACAAUAAUGGGAAAUCGAUUCUCAUAGAAGGUUCAAAACUAUCUAUAUAUUAACAUCAAUUUCCGAUUUCAGCACCCCCUGGUUCUUUACACAUCGACGAACAUGGUAAUACAGUUUUCUAUGAAGUUCAGCAUCAGCCCUACACCCCCGCCAAUGAGGUUAUUGAAGAAGUUGUCGAAGAAGAAAUCUGCGAAGUGGAUAUCGAAGAUGUUAGUUACCAAUUUUUUUUUUCAAUGAAGCAUUAAUUUUUACAGGCUCGAAAUAAUGGUUGGGACAUUCCUUUGGCGCACAAAACACCAAUAAAUCUUGUGAGAGUUGGUCGGGGAACUUUCGUUAAGAAUAACGCUGCUCCGCCAACUGUAGUUUUUUACGACUGCAAAUAAAAAUCGAAAAGAUUCAGGUUCUUCUAACUGCAAAAAGUCUCAAAGCAAAUGCCGUUCUGGAUGUCAAAGCUGGUCGAAAAGGGCGUGAAGGUUAAUUCUAAUACGUAAUGUAUCUUGAAAUAUGUUUAUUGAUUUUUUUUUUCAUUUAAUACUAUUGAGCUCUGAAAUCUUAACUGUUUGGCUCACUUGAUGAUUCAGUUUCCAAUAAACUAAAUAUAGACCAUCUGAAUGAAAUCUAAAUUAGAAAGCUUUUAUUUUCAGAAACAGAAGAGCUCGAAAAAAGAACUCAGUAUGGUUCAGCAGACACAGGAGAGCUCAACAGGAAUCUCCCGACAAUGAAAAAUGCUUUCAAAGUGUUUUCACAAUCAGCAUUACUGAAAGUUGUUUGAUAAAUUUUUGAGCCUUUUUAUCAUAUUUUCCAGGCUUCAACAUCGUCUCUCUUGCAAGAUGUGGGCAAAGUUUACGGCACUGAUGAAACAGAGGAUGUUCUGGAUUUGGAAAAAGAUGAGGAUCACAAUGAAGAUGUUGAUGUUAAACGGAACGAAUUUAUUAACUUCGUUCAUUGUGCUUUUUAGUCGGAGCAUGAAAACUCGCUAGAGGAAAUAGACACAUCGGUGACCGAAACUCCAAUGAUGCCAAGUGAAGGGCGCCGUCGAGAAACCUGUGAUCGACAAUACGAAGAAUGGCCAAUGUAUUGGCACACGGCCAUUGAUUUUCAAGUGAGUUUGGAGAAAUAGAUUUUAUAUUUCGAUGGCCUGAACACGUUAUCUUUGUUAGGAAGCCUGUGAAAUUCUGAUCGGAGCGCAGAGUGUGCCUAGCGAAAAAAUGUGCCGUACGGUUCCAAAGUUAUUUCGGGAUGAAGGCACUUUUGUGGUUGAUAUCCGGGAUUUGCGGAGUCGGCAUGAAGUUUUGUUCGACCACCUUGGAAAUUGGGGUAUGUAUACACGACUGGAUAAACUUCAUUCUGAACGUUCAUUAGGGAGACCGAGUGGUAAAGUGCGGUAUUAUAUGGAAGAACGCGAUGGCAAUUUAGUACGAGCGGACAAUGGAAGAGGAAGAUUGUUGUCCUGGGCCACGCAUUAUACUUUCAAGUGUAUGCUAAAGAAGUCGGAAAUCCUGUCUCUUCCGGUUCUCAAUUUCUCUUUACAGAUAUGAUCAUCCCGCAACUAUUGAUCAGAAGAACGGAACGGGAAAGUUUCAGAAAAAGGUUUUUCUAGUUAUUAGUAUUUCAUUUCAUCGUUUUUUGAGAUUUACACCGCGCUUCUACCAGCACAUCGGAAAGCAGCGGUCGGAAUAGCAAUUGUGACGUAUGCCUGGGUCGGAGGACCUCGUGCCGAGCUUCCAGCUCAACGUACGUUUUCUUUUCCUUGUUUAUUUAUCAAAUUUGUUUUCAGUUGGCGUAGCUUACCGGCGAUUUGCGAAUUCACUCGCACCACCAGCUUCUAUGAAAUCGUGGGAAGAAGCUUCCUUCGUAAGUUUAUAAAGCGGGCAUAGGAUAUUCCUGUUUUACGACUAUUCAACAUCGCAUCUUUUAUUUACACGUUCAAAGCUAAUAUGACGCGCGUGGAAAAACAGUUUUUCUUGCUCUCCAUAAAUAAUAAAUAAUACUGAAAAGCGAAACAUAAUAUUACAAAAUUCGAAGGAAGUGACAUAAUUUUUUUUUUAUACUUAGAUUAACUCGAAUCUACCGCUUCUUCCUGCUGCUGUUUCUGAAUAUUUUGAUGGGUGCCCUCUAUACGCCAAUGGGGCUAUUGAUUUUAAUGAUGCUGCAUCUAUUAUUUUAGGAGGAACGAUUGUCGAACCUUCUAAGUUAGCUAAUCGCAAUUUUUAUUCACUUUUCUGUUUUCAGGGUUUCAAAAAGUGUUCCACAAGGGUUUCGUUCAUGCGGUACCUUUGUGAUAGAUGUAAAAAGGAUGUGGACUCAUCUUGAGAUACGCAGAGACUCGAAUGGGAUUUGGAAUAAACCGGCCGGUCACUCGCGGUAUCCGUUCAUUUCUUUUCUCUUGUUCAUGAAAAAAAAAAGUAUAUAUUCAAUUUUUCCCGAGUUGUAAGGCGAGAUCAGUAGAUUAGCAAGGGAGAAUUAAUACGUACGCGACGCUGCUUUUUGCCGGAAAACUCGAUCUCAAACUUAAAGGCAUAGGGGCAGUAAAAAACGGUGUUUCAGUUCAAAGCAGUACUUUGUAAAGUUUUUCAUUGCGAAUCGAACGGUAAACUUGGGAACGUACCGAACUUCCUAGUUUUGAAGAAAAAAUACUUCAAAAUCGGAGAAAGGAAAGCUUGAGUUCCCGCGAAAAGUGCGCUUUGCAGUAAAGUUGCUCUAUGGACAACAGGCUUCGCCAUCUUCCGCAUUUUCGCUUUUUUCUUCGUUUCUUGCAAAUUUCAAUUUUUUCUGUUGUUACCAAAGUUCUUUUCGUCACAACAGCUUUCUAUUCAUGUAUAAUUUGCAAACUUUGAUCGCAAAAAUGCUUUUCUGGUGAAAAAUGAUGAUUUUACACAGGUUUCGAUUGGGAUAGCGUUAAUUUGUGUUUUCUUUAUUAUCAAUGUGUGUUUUCUGUUUUCUUAAUCGAUUUUCCAGAGAAGAAACCAUUCAUUUGAAGCAGAUAUCCGGUUAUUUCUCAUAAAAUGCGAGUCUAAUGAGACGUCCGCAACAUCGCGUGCACAGCUACUGUAAUCAGUUGUCUGAGCACCGAUCCAAAGCUUUUUUCAAAAUUAAAGGCGCGAAAGUGAAAUUGCGUUUUUCUACUAGAGAUGUCACAUUUGUAAUUUUUUUGAGUACACCGUUGGAUUCGCAAAGAAAAACUAUACAAGAUACUGCUUUCACCUGAAACCCCAUUUUUUUACUGCCCCUAUGCCUUUAAUCAUUGAAAAAAUGAAUAUUGUUUUCACACUUUUUUCUUUCGUAUGAAUUUUCGCAAAACUGAAAUUAUCGAGACAGUAUUUAAAAAAAGAGGAUAACUUCACAGAAAAAGUAGCCCGCUUUUGCACUCCAGUUUUGCGCAAAGAAGCCGCGACGCGCACGCAACGCUUCAUCCUUGUCAAUCUACCCACUUGCUUUAAAUUCGAAGAGGAUCGACUAUAUACCUGAUUCACGGCUAGCUUACACGAUAAGAAAAGAUAGUGUUUGGUUGAAGGAGAGGGCAGGCAGGCCACGCCCCUUUAGCGUCCCAAACCAGGUGUCCCGUGAAUCGGUUAUAAGAGUGUCUACUUCAGUUAUUACAAGAUUGACGAAGAAAAUGGCGAUGCUGUGAGAGUGGACAAAGCGUAUAAGCUACCCCAGAAUGUGGAGUAUGAUAUUCAAGUGAGGUGUCUGAUAUAUUCUUUGCCAUAGGUUUCUUAAGGUCCUGAUGAAACGAUACGAACAUCCCCAAGUGAAUAAACGUUUUGUGCGAAAAAUCUACACCGGAAAAGGACGCACCGGCGCUGAGUUUGCUUGUUUCCAAGAUCUUUUGACAACAAUUUCUACAGAGACUUUCCUGGAAAUACUUUCCUUGCAGUGGUUACUUAUUUCUGGAAAGGAGAACCGGUUCCCUUUAACCCUAUGUUCAAGCAGAAUUCCGUAAGAACAUUCUUACUUUCGACUUUCUAAAAAAUUAUUAUUAGUAAAAAUGGAGUUAUUCUCGAAAUUUCAGCCUCAAAACAAUGGAAGGCCCAUUCUGAUCAUCAAAAAGUCAUUUUUUUUUUUCGAGUUCUUUAAAAAUGUAUGAUCGGGGUUUUUCUUUUUGCUUUAAAAUCAUUCUCAAACUGUAGUAUACUCUGUUCAGAUUUUGAAUGUCAAGCAGCUAACUCCACCCCCAAGGCUAAAAUAUAUUUCGCGUCAAUAUUUCAUCGCAGAUGACGAUGCUCCUUUAAUAUGGCUGCCUUUUUUGACUUUUUUUUCUAUCUUGUAGAUCAAAAAAGAUCAAAAAUCGUCCCGCGCGAUGAAAAAUCGACCCGAAAAGGUACCGUUUCAGCAGGGGCGGAGUGAGCUAGUUGACAUUUAAAAUCUGAAAAGACUAUAACCAAACACACAUUUCUGGCUGCUCUCUAAAAAAUAGCCAGAAAGCCCAAAAUUCAAAAUUUAAAAUGAACAUAGUAUAUUUCUAGUUAUUCUCACUGUGGAAAGAUAAUCGGUGAUACUCUUAUAUAAUCAAAAAUGUAGGGGUCUUAUAGUUUUGUCCCGCUUGAUUUUUCGUUUUUCAUUUCUCAUUUGCUUCAGCAACAGCCGACAGAGACGAACGUUGGUAUCGUAGUAAAAUAUAUUUAUAUCAACAGUUUUUUUCUUGGACGCCUGCGAUCCCCAAAAACUUGAAAAAGCAGGGGGUCUUAUAGUUUUGUCCCGCACUGUACGAAUAAAUGAACAAAUGGCUCAUUUCUUUUUCACCAACCUAAUAUAGAGAAAGUUGACGGAAAACAUGGAAAUCGGUUUAGUUGCGGCUUACAACACUCAGGCUACACGAACCGAACCUAAAACUCAAAAAUCUUCCUAAAUAAACGUUCUCAAUUGUCAUUUGAAUUUUUUCUUCAAAUUGUGUCACAAAGUAACUAGAAAAAACCAUUUCACAGGAGGUCAAGUGAGUGGAAGUAUAGUCUGUUCAGAUAUUAAAUAUCAAGCAGCUAACUUCGCCCCUGCCGAGACGGUACCCUUUCGCGUCGAUGUUUUAACGCGCGGGACUUUUGAUCUUUUUUGAUCUACGCUAAGAACGUUGGUAGGAAGGAAUUUUGGGUUCCCGAAUAUUCGUGAGCGUUAAUUGGGCAUACACCAAUCUUGGAGGCUCGAAUCUUUGAAAAUUUGAAUCUUUGCAAACGAUUUUUGGAAAUAUUCACCUCUUUUCUGAUUUUUUAUAAUUUUUCCAAUAUAUUGGUAACAGAAGUUGAUGGAGAUUAUAUACAGAGUGAAUGAAAAUGUGGUAGCCGUUCUGUAGCGAAUAUUUGACUACGUGUAUGCGAGAAAGACGCAUUAUUUGAUAAAAAGUUAGUUGAAAAAAAUCAUACAGUGUUCAUUUUUGGUCGAAACACGGCAUCUUCACAAUAAAAAGACAAAGGAAAAAAAAAGUAGGAAAAAAAGAAGGAAACUCAAAAAAGAUGGGAAUAUUCCCAAGAAUCGUUUGCAAAGAUUCAAAUUUUCAAAGAUUCGAGCCUCCAAGAUUGGUGUAUGCACAAUUAACGCUCACGAAUAUUCGGGAACCCAAAAUUCCUUCCUACCAUCCUAAGAAUAACUGCCGAGAUAAACGCGAGACGCUGGCGGUAAACAUUGACGAGCUCGCAAACAUCUCGCUUUCUUUCUCGCAUUAUCUGGGCGCGAGCUCGCACUUUUCUAGGCGCGAGCUCGCAUUUUGAAAAUUUCCGAAAUGCAAGAUAAAUGCGAGGUCGCGCCGAGAAGAAUGCGAGAUCGCGCCUAGAAAGAAAGCGACAUGUUUGCGAGUUCGUCAAUGUAUUGCCACCGACCUCGCGUUUAUGUCGUCCAUUAUUCUUAGUGUAAAAGAUAGAAAAAGAAAUCAAAAAUGCAGCCUUAUUAGAGGGCCAUCGUGAUCUGUGGAUAAAACAUUGACGCGAAAGAUAUUGUAGCCAUGGGGGUGGAGUUAGCUGCAAAAAUCUGAACAGACUAUAGAAUGUAUGCGAAGGGGGAUAAACAUGAAUCCUUCUUACACCUAUACGUGUUAGUUUACUUUUAUUUUUUUAUUUUUUGCGUCGUUCAGCUUUAAAAGUCAGUUUGAAUAACAAUUUUGAGAGGCAAAACGCGUUUAGUAUUUUUUCACGCAGUUUUUCAUCAGAAAAAGCAGAUGAUGAUCAUCUUAUGUCCGAUCAGCUUCAUUUUGCAGAUUCACGUCAACAAAGACAAGGAGUUAGAAGGGAUGGAAAAUGACGACGAGUUCAUUGACACGCAACAAGGUUUACUAUUUUUUUUUGUUACCAAUUUCUUUUUUGUAGACGAUGUUGAAACGCCUGCACCAGCUAGCGAACCAGUUAGUAUGCCUUUUGCGAAAAAGAUGAAACUAGAUCUGAACGAUCUUGGUACUCUCAAGAUGAACGUGUACAGAAAAGAACUGGAGAAUCAGGUUCUACUUUUUUCUCUAAUUUUUCAUUCAUUCUGUUAAUUUUUAGGAACGACUUUCGGCUAUUUUGGAUCGAGCGGAGAGCUUGCUAAAUCGAUUGGACCGAAACUCUCCUACCACAGAUCUUUGA